UCAGCUGAAUUAAAAUUUUUUUAAUAAAAGUUUGGCAUUAGUGCAAUAUCAACAAGAAAUCACUCCCAUUAAUAUAGAUAUUAUGUUAAAUACUAAAAUUUAUUUCUAAAAUAAAAUAAGUAACCAUGCCAUUUCAUGGAUUUUUUUUAAUAGGCUUUCUUAAAUCAUUCAGUGUAAAUUUUAUCACUGAAUUAGGUGAUAAUACCUUUAUAUUGGCUGUAAUUUUAUCUACUAAAAAGCACCCUGUACCAUUAUUUAUUGGUAGCCUUUUGGCAUUAUCGAUUGUAGACAUAAUUUCAAGCUUAAUUGGUCAAUUAUCUGAAUACAUUCCACAAAAAAUUUAUUUGAAUUAUGUUAUUGCAAUUCUUUUUCUAUUUUUCGGAAUCAAAAUGGCGUUUGAAGCCUAUUCUAUGUCAGACGAUCAAACAAGUAAGGAAUACGAAGAAAUCGAUGAUAAGAUAACUAAAUUUCAUAAAGAAUCAGCUCAAUCACCUACUACUUCACCCAGAUUUUCAUUUCCUAGCAGUAUUACCAAACGAUUCAGCUUAAAUAAUGGAAAAAACAAACUGAAUAAUACAACAUCAGAUGACGUUAGUAAUUCUAUACUCAAAGAUGCUAUUAUUGAUAGUGAGUCAACCAAAAAUGGAAUUUAUAACCGCAUUUUAGGUAAAAAUGCAAAAUUUUGGAGAACUAUUUGCGAAGCCUUUGCUCUAAAUUUUAUGGCAGAGAUGGGAGAUCGUUCCCAAAUUACAAUCAUAUCAUUGUCAGCCAAUCAAAAUUUUUUCGGUGUUUGUUGUGGAGCCAUAUUUGCCCAUAUCAUUUGUUUAGUUUUGGCUUUAACAAUUGGUAUUUACGCUAUCAAAUAUUUGUCCUUAAAAACAGUGAACUACAUAGGAUCAGGGAUAUUCGUGAGUUUAGCCAUGCUGACUCUCUUUUCAAAUCGUGAAGCUAUAAUAAACCUUUUAUUUUAGUUUUUUAUGACCUCCGUUUAUGUAUUGUCCCGUAACUUUUUUGCCUCCAUUUAAACCCGGUUUAAAAAUUAUAUAUUAUUAUAAUAAAAAAUUUAUACUCGUUUAUUUUGCCAUUCAUCGCGCCGUAGUCAUGUUAAAAAGGUUAAUAGGAAUUGUCAAAAUUAAGAUUCCUUCAUUGUCUAAACUUGUUUCAUCAUAGAGCUUAUCACGAUACUUUUUUGAACCUGUAUCAUUAUUAUUAUUGUACAUAUCUACGUAUUUAUCAUAAUUUUUAUAGCUAAUCUGUAUGCUUUGUAAGCGUGUCUUCAUUUUUAAUACCAACAGAAUCAUUAUCCAUGCAAUUAUCAGCACCAAUAUUUUUUUGUUUAAAACGUUUAGAAUUUUCGCCAUUAUUAGAGUUUUUUGCAUAGUAAUAAUGAGGGUAUAUUUUAUAGAAAAAAAUCUUCAACUAUAAAAAUUAUAUUUUAUUUUUUUCCCCCAAUUUUUUUAUUUUUAAAUACAAAAAAAAUGAAAGGAUAUAAAAUAAUUUAUUAUAGAUUAUAGUAUUUAUUAUACUUUUUGUGUGAAACUUAAACAAAGCAAUAUCAUUGUCAAAAAUGUAGAUUAUAUUUGCAAAUUAAUUCAUAUUAAAUUUGACAUUUUAUUUAUAUAUUAUUUAAUAUUUAUUGCUUUAUACUUACAUUAAAUAAUGGUAUUACCCAUUAAA